AUGAUAAAAAGCUCACAUGUAAUCAAAUCCAAGCAGAAGACACAAAACACUGAAUCAAGAGGAUACGCCAUUGUGACGGAGAUGCAGGGUGCUCAUUCACUAAGUGCUGAUAACAGACAGCACGCUUCAGCAAAACCAGAAGAGAACCAUAAUCAUGGGAACCCUCCUCUUCCUGAGCUGCGCCUGGUCCUGUUAGGCCGCAAAGGAACAGGGAAGAGUUCUACAGGAAACACCAUUCUUGGCCAGGCUGGAGGCUUCGAGAGUGGAAAGCCAACAGAGGAGUGUGUAAAAAGACGUGCUGACAUUGCAAGCCAUCGUGUUACAGUGGUGGACACCCCAGGCUGGGAAUGGUACUACUCCAGCAAUGGCACUCCUGGCUGGGUAACAAGGGAGACCAUGAGAAGUGUGUCUCUCUGUCCACCUGGACCUCACGCAUUGCUUCUGGUGGUGAGGUCCUGUGCCUCAGUGACAGAGGACUAUUAUCGGCAGGUAGAAGAGCACCUAGAGCUCCUGGGGAAGAGUGUAUGGACUCACACCUUGUUGCUAUUCACACGUGGAGAUGAACUAGGCUCCAGUCCCAUACAACAGAGAAUACAAAAUGCUGGAAAGUCCUUACAGAAACUUCUGGAAAAGUGUGGGAAAAGGUUCCAUGUUGUAGAUAACAAACGUUGUGGCAAAGAUGAAGCUCAGGUGAAGGAACUGAUCAGGAAAAUAGAGGAAAUGGUGAAGGGAAGAGGAGGAAGACAUUAUGAGUCGGACCCUUUGCUUCUAGGGUUGGAGGUGGAAGGAAAACGAAGGGCAAGAGAAAGAAGAAAGAAGCAAAGAAUAAUGGAGGCUCAAACACAAAGAGGGACGAUUAAAGCUGUGCUAACAGCUGACAUUUCACCAUCUGAAGAUCUAGAUGAAAGAAGUCUGUUCACCAGGGGCUACCGUCGUCUCCCAGAACUCCGACUAAUUCUCCUGGGAGAAAGAGAGACUGGGAAAAGCUCUGCUGGAAAUGCCAUCCUCAGAGGUCCUGCAUAUUUUCCAAUCGGCCAGGCUACAGAGGAGUGUUCAAGGCAACAGGCAGAAACCUCUGGAAGACUAGUGACAGUGGUGGAUAUUCCCGGAUGGGAAGGUGGUCAUGAAGGAAUUACAACAGAAAGAGUGAAGCGAGAGAUCUGUAUCAGUGUGACACUGUGUCCACCUGGUCCUCAUGCCUUUCUGGUGACGCUGAGGGUGGAUGCCCUGGUCAAGGCUCAGGCUGUAAGAGAGCACUUGGAGUUACUUGGUGAGGGAGUCUGGAGACAUACCAUACUGCUAUUUACACGUGGUGACCAGCUGAGAGAAGGGGUCACAAUCGAGCAACACAUUCAGGGAGGAGGCAGAGAUCUUCACUGGUUGAUGGAGAAAUGUGGCAAUAGAUACCAUGUGAUUAGCAGUGUCUGCUUGGAAGGGCCGAAAUCAAAUGCACAAGUGACUGGACUGUUAGAAAGAGUGGAGAAAAUGGUGGCUGUAAAUCGGUGUGAGGCCUUCUCACCCCUCAUGCUAGAAAUUCAAGAGGUUGCAAAGCAAAAGAAUGAAAGGUUUAACCUAAAGCUAAAAGAAGUUAACGAGAAGCUUCAGCGUCAAGAGAUAGAGCUCAAGAGAAUGAGAGAUAGGGAGGUAAAAAGCAUCAGGUGGUUUUUUGAGCGGAGGAAAGAAAAGGUCAAAUCACCAGGAAAAAACAGCACAGAGAAAGAUGGAAUGGACAGACCAGAAGAGGACAGAAAGAGCAUAAUGGGGGAACUGGAAGAGAGGAUGGCCUGGCUAACAGAAGAUAAAGAAAAAGAGAUUCAAGAGCUCAGUCUGGAAAACACAAGAGUCAUUGCAGCACUCAAUCAAGCAUACAGAGAGAAAGCAGAUUUCUUUAUGAAGUUAGAGGAUAAAGAAAGAGAAAGUGAAGAAUUAAGGGAAAAAGUGGAUGAACUGCAAGUAAAGGUGUUGGAGAUGAAACGCAUCAGCAUGGCAAAAGAGCAAGAAAGAAAAGACAUGGAAAAAGAGCUCACACAAAGGUCUGAGGAUGCUGAAAGGGAGAUUUACAUUCUGAAAGAGAAAUUGGAUCUCAAAGAUAAAGAGAGAGAUGAGCUAAAAAGAAGAGAUGAAGUGAUGCAAAAUGAAAUAUCAGAGUCAAAACUUAAAUAUGAAGAAGAGCUCGAGAGAAAACAUGCAGAGAAAAAUGAACUUGAGGAAAAGCUUGAGGACAAGCAAAAGGAAUUAGAGGAGUUUAAAAAGAACGCUGAAAACAAGAUAAGAGAUCAAGAGGAAAUAUGGAAAGGAAUGAAUGAAAAGUGGGAAACGGAGAAGACAAAACUCAGAGAAAUGACAGAGCUGAUGACAAAAGAGAUGGAAGACCUCCAGGUUGCUUACCAAAAUCAAGUGAAAUCUGCUGAAGCUGAAAGACAAAUGCAUGAAAAUACUGUCGCAAAAUACAAUCAACUUGCAGUUACAAAUGUUGACAUAGGGAAUAAGCUUAGUAAGAAAGAUGCUGAAAUAACUGCAUUAACCGUAACACACAUGGAGAAACAGCAGGAAAUUGAAGCACUCAAGCAAAGUCUUGAUGACAAACACAGAACUGUAGAAAAUAUGAAAAAUGAAUCCAAGAUGAAGAUUGCAGAAUUAAGCUCAGGGAUACGACGUUUAGAGGAUGAGUACAAGGAGAUGGAGGAGUUUUUAAAGAGAGAGAAUACGUUUCUGAAAGAGGAAAUUGAUGCAAUGAAAAAAUUGCAUGAUGAGAGCACUAGAAAUAAAGAAGAUGAAAUGAGAAACAUCCUACAGUUAAAAGAAAACUUCAUUAAGCAGCUACAGCAGCAAAAUGAAGAAAGGAAAAUUGAUAUUAAUGAACUAAGCAAGCAGCUGACGGAGAAUCAAAUCAAGCAAGAGAGUCUUCAAAACCAGAAUGCAGCCCUCAUACAGGAGUCAAAAAAGCUUCAGCUAAAGUGUGACAAAUAUCUGAGAGACCUGCAGGCCCAGAUUGUAAAAACCGAGAGCAAAGAAAAAGAGGUUAAAGAUCUACAAAAUCAAUAUAAAGAAAUGGUGACGAUAAAAGACACACUCAUGCAAGAACAGAUCGAGAAGAAAGAGAAGGAAAUUUCUUUGUUGAAUCAGAGAAAUCACACACAACAAACAGAGCUGGAAGAUAUGAAUGAAAAGAGUAAAGAGCUAGAGCUGAAGAUUGAAGAGAUGAAAAAUUACUAUGAGAAGAGGCUUUCAGAAAAAAUAGCUGAAAUGGGUGUUAAGGAUGCAGAGCGGGAACGAGCACUUCACAACAGAGAGCUGGCGCUGACGGAGCGAGAGCAAAUCUUAAGGAGAAAUAUGCAAGAGCUUGAAAAAAGUAAGAGGGACUUGAAGAAAAAAGAGGAGGACAUUGAUUCCAAAGAAAAAGAGCUGAGAGGUGAAAAAGAGCAGCUUUGUGAAAAAGAGCAGGACUUAAGAGACAUGGCAGAGAAGCUGGAACAUCAGAGUCAAAGUAACCAAAGCUGUCGAGAAGAUCUUCAGAGGAGAGAGGAAAAUAUUAAACUAAAAGAAAGAGAGCUUGAUAACAAGUACAAAGAACAACAGGAAAGGUCUGAAAAGCAGGAAAAGGAGACAAACAAUAUCAGACAGCAGCUUGACGAGAAAGAUAAGCAACUGAAACGAGUGGAAGAGGAGCUUGUAGUGAAACAAAUAACCUUUCAGGAAGAAAAGAAAGACUUAGAAAGAUGCAAAGAAAAUGUGCACAACCAAAGAAAUGAAAUGAGCAAAAAAGAGCAGGAGUUAAUGGGUUUGGAGCAGAUGUACAAAAUAAAGACACAAGAACUGGAGAGGAACAUGCAGGAUCAUGAAAAAUGGCAAGCAGCACUGACCACAAAAGAAUCCAGCCUUGUGCAAAAAUCAAAUGAAUUUCAGAAAAAAGAGCAAGAGCUUUUACAGAAGGAACGUGACAUUCAAGUGAAAAACCAAGCGCUGCAGGAAAAAAUGCUAAAGCUUGAAAAACAUGAACAAGAUCUGCUCAAAAAACAAGAAACUCUCACAACCACAUUUGAUAAUCUAAAACAAGAAUUAGAGGAUAUUAAACAUGCGUUAGCAAAAAAGGAGCAAGAUCUUAUGAAUACCAAGAAUGAUCUUGAGAAACAAAAGCAAGAGCUUGACGAUCGAGUUAAAGAUUUAGAAAUAAAGGAGGGUCAGAUUAACAAAAAAUUUGAAGAGUAUGAGGUUGCUGAGAAAGCACUCCAUAGCAGGCAAAACGACUGGUCCGAAAAACAGGAAAAGGAAAUAGAGGACAACAGGCAACAGCUUGAAAGGAAAGAUAAAGAAUUGAAGAUGAUAGAAGAGGAGCACAAAAAGAAAAUAGAAAACCUCAAGCAACAGCUUGAAAAUAAAGAAAUAGAAUUGAAGAUUACGGAGGAGGAUUAUGGAAAGAAAAUAGAAAUUAUCAGGCAACAGCUUGAAAAGAAAGAUAAAGAAUUAAAGAUGAUGGAAGAGGAACAUGAAAAGGAAACAGAAAAUUUUAAGCAACAGCUUGAAAUGAAAGAAAUAGAACGGAAGGUGAUGGAAGAGGAUUAUGGAAAGAAAAUAGAAAUGAUCAGGCAACAGCUUGAAAAGAAAGAUAAAGAAUUGAAAAUGAUGGAAGAGAAACACGAAAAGGAAACAGAACAUUUUAAGCAACAGCUUGAAAUGAAAGAAAUAGAACGGAAGGUGAUGGAAGAGGAUUAUGGAAAGAAAAUAGAAAUGAUCAGGCAACAGCUUGAAAAGAAAGAUAAAGAAUUGAAGAUGAUGGAAGAGAAACACGAAAAGGAAACAGAAAAUUUUAAGCAACAGCUUGAAAUGAAAGAAAUAGAAUGGAAGGUGAUGGAAGAGGAUUAUGGAAAGAAAAUAGAAAUGAUCAGGCAACAGCUUGAAAAGAAAGAUAAAGAAUUGAAGAUGAUGGAAGAAGAGCAUAAAAAUGAAAUAGAAAAUACCAAACAACAGCUUGAAAAUAAAAAAGAAUUAAAGGUGAUGGAAGAGGAUUAUGUGAAAAACAUAGAAAACAUCAGGCAACAGCUUGAAAAGAAAGGAAAAGAAUUGAAGAUGAUGGAAGAGGAGCACAAAAAGGAAACCGAAAAUUUUAGGCAACAGCUUGAAAUGAAAGAAAUAGAAUUGAAUAUGAUGGAAGAGGAUUAUGGAAAGAAAAUAGAAAUUAUCAGGCAACAGCUUGAAAAGAAAGAAACAGAACUGAAGAUGAUGAAAGAGGAUCAUGGAAAGGAAACAGAAAAUUCCAGUCAACAGCUUGAUAAGAAAGAAACAGAACUGAAGGUGAUGGAAGAGGAGCUUCUAGUAGGACAAAUCAAUCUUCAGAAAGAAAAGCAAGAUUUAGAGGCAAACCGCAAGAACCUGGAAAUUCAAGAAAAGGAAAUCAGCAAACAACAGGAAGAGGUGAUGGAUUCAGAGAGGAUGUGUAAGCUAAAGAUGCAAGAAGUGUCAACAAGCUUACAGAAACUGGAAGAAAUCAAACAGGAAAUAAAAAAAUGGGAAGCAGAACUUUCAACUAAGGAAUCUGAUUUAGUUCAAAGAUCAAGUGAACUUCAGAAGAAAGAGCAGGAGAUCUUACUUAAAGAACACAACCAAGUCCAAACCCAUGACAUACUAAAAAUAAAUCAGGAGGCUCAACAGGUUCAACAACAUCCUCAAAUAUUGGGCAAACUACCAAACCAGACAAGUGAAAACUGUGAAAGUCAGUCAAAGGAUAUUAAACAGAACCUAGAAACAUACAAACAAGAACUGACAAAAAAAGAAGAUGAGCUCCAGCAAAGAGAACAAAGUCUUAGGAGCAGUGAAAUAUAUUUGGAAAAGAGAGAGAUCAUUUUGCAAAACAGUGAAGAAGAGAUGCAGGAGAUCAAAAAAGAGCAUGACAUGAUAUUAAGCGAUUUUAAGAAGCAACAAGAAAUAAUAGAAACAAAACAGUAUGAGUUAGGUGACUUGGAGAAAAAGCUUUCCAUGCAAGAUCAGAACAUGAAAAAUAAAGAGCAAGACCUAAGCAACAGAUCGAAGGAACUGGACAUGAAAGAACACGACAUGAAGAAACAUCAGCUCAAUCUAAAGUCAAGAGAUCAGAAAGUUAAGAAAAUAGAGCAGGAACUGAAUGAACUAAAGAAAACACUAAACUCCGAACAGAAGCUUUUAGAGAACCAUACAGCUGAACUAGAGAACCAGAAACAUGAGCUGAACAUUGAGAAACAGGUAUUGCAGAUGAAAUCUGAGCAGCUAGAGAAGUGGGGGAAAUAUCUGUAUAACAUGGAGCUCAGAAUGAUAAACAGCAAUCCCUCGAAUUUUCAACCAUGGAGUGAAAGAACAGCAUCUUAUGGAGAUAAGGCAGAACUUCUUGAACAAAUGUAUGAGGAAAUCGGAAUGGAUAACAGACCCCGUGAAAGAGACUAUGCAGAAAAUGGAAACGGUGUUGUAAAAGAGGAUGACCAGACUGUAGAGAUGGCAUCAUCAACAUCAUCUGAAACAACAAACUCCAAGUUUGAUAAUAUGCAGCUUGAAUCUCUACGCAAAGGCAAAAAAGCACAAGAGGCGAUAUUAGAUGAGGAAAGAAAUGAAAUCGUAGGUCAUGAAGAGGAGACAGAAUCCACAGAGGAUGAUAAUGAACAGUUCUUUGCUCCAGCAAGUUCUGAUUACAUACAGACUCAAAGUCUAGACAACCAGGUUUCUGAACUCAGAAUAGUCCUACUAGGAGAAGCAUGGUCCUCUGGCCAGUCAGCCAGACACACCAUCCUGGGCCAAGGUACCGACCAGGCAAACCCAUGGACUGGAAGCAUAUGUGGGAAGACCCUUCUGGUCGUGGAGCCCAAAGGAGUGAAGUGGAGGUCAUCUAAAGAUCAAAAUGUGAAUCUUCAGAAACAAGUCAUGCACAGCAUAUCUCUGUGCUCACCUGGCCCACAUGCCUUCAUCCUCCUUCUGCCUGUUUAUUUAACAUUUACUGGACAGUACAGGAGAGCAGUGGAGCGUACUAUGGCCAUGCUGGGGGAGGCUGCAUGGAGGCAUACUAUUGUUCUGUUCACCUGGGGUGAGACUCUUAGAGAGAGUGGACAGCAGCACAUUGAGAGGAACGGGAACUUGGAAUGGCUAGUGCAGAAAUGUGGUGGUAGAUACCACGUGUUGGAUAACAGGCACAGAGAUACUCAUGUAGUAGAGCUUUUGGAGAAGAUUGGUAUAAUGGUGGCAAAAAAUCAAGGACAUUAUUACCAAGCAAAGUAAGAGUACAAAAGUGUAAUAACAAAA